CACAGAAGGAAGGACACUGAAGAGCUGGUUUACCUUAAACUUAUUCAAUGAAUUUGGUUAUACAGGCUAGUAGCUACAUUAAUCACGGGGUUUAUCUGCAGCUUUAAUUGUAGAAGGUUGCGCGUGCAAGACAAGGAAUUCCAUAAAUUAUAUCCCCGUUGAGAUGGGGUUGUUUGAUUAGAUUGUGACGACGGUAAUGCAGACAGGAAUUAAAAUUUGAACAUCGUAUCCGAGAGGACUUGUCUUAGCUUGGCACCUGAGGAAUGAUUUGAAUCCAAUCAAAAAAGUCGUCGUUGAAUUCCCUGUGAUGCGUAUCUUUCAGCAGGUGUCAGAUUGGAGAUUUAGUUCAUUGUAGUGGCUCCUGCUAAGAACCACUCAGGCACUGAUAACACCGAAGUGAUCAGGUUUUCCCUGAUCAGAAUCCUGCUUUGGAGAUGGAGGUGAUUCGCCGCUCCUCUGUGUUUGCAGCCGGGGUGCUGGAAGCCUUUGACCAUUCCCCGUCCGACAAAGAACUGGUGUCCCAGUCCAAGGCACUGUGUAGAGACUACAUACACUCGAGGCUCAACAUCUAUGGGCUGGGCUCGUCCAAAACUCAGGUGGACUCAACGCUUUGUGAGGUGUCUGCCGUGCUUCUCUGUCUCGGUGACGAGCUGGAGUGCAUGCGGCCGAGUGUCUACCGGCACGUGGCGAGACAGCUCAACAUCUCAGUGGCCAUGGAGACCACGGUAUCCGAUGCCUUUGUUGCCGUGGCAACAGAGAUCUUUUCUGCAGGCAUCACAUGGGGUAAGGUAGUAUCUAUGUAUGCCGUGGCCGGCGCUCUGGCGGUGGACUGUGUACGUCAGAACCAGCCUGCUACGGUCCAAACCAUAGUGGACAGUCUGGGUCAGUUUGUCCGUAAGAACCUGGCCCCUUGGCUGAAGAAACGUGGAGGAUGGACCGACAUUAAGAAAUGUGUGGUAAAGUUGGAUGCCGUUCCUCAGACCCAUUGGCUGUCUCCCGUUGCCGAAUCCUGCAAGCACUUUCUGUCAACACUGUACGUCUACAUUAUGAAGGAGCCAUGAAGGAAUUGGGAGAGGAACUGUGGUUGAAAGGCCAAGAGCUUCAAGUCCUUGAAUUUGAAGGCUCUGUGCUUCAGAUGAACUAGACAGCAGACAUCCUCCUAUCUUUUUGACGGAACACAUUUAGUUAAGAUUGGUGAUCUAAACAGUGACUCUCCUUCAUGCAGAGUGCAAAGUCACAGUAUCACAUUUUGUAUAAUCAUCAUCAAUUUAAUCAACAAUGACUGCUCUUCUUCCGAAGAGUAAUCCCAGUUACCCAGGAGUAAAAUUCUCGCGUACGUUUUCACUUCCCGGCCAUGAGAGAUUAUACAAAGUGUAGUCAGUCAAUUCCAUAUACACAUAUCUUCAGUUCCGAUGAUCAACUUUUGUUCAAAGUACUUGUACAAAACCAUGUAUCUUUCAGUGUUGUAAUAUAGUUUCCGCUACCGUGUUGCAGUGAGUAUGUACCAUGUACCAUGUACCAUGUACUCUGGUAGGUGCUCAAAUCUCUGAAGUAAGAUCCAGUCUGAUGAUAACUGAAAAAUACCAUCUGGGACUUUACACUGAAAAAUGGACAAAGUGAUAGCAACUGUUCUAUGGACAAGAAUGUGAUGCUUUUUGCUGCACCCCUGUGGAGGACAUGUGAAAUGUAUGAUGAGUUACUACUUUGUUGUGAUGGGAUGCACCAGUCUAUCCAGGCUUUGUCCAAACUGUACAGUGCUGUUGAUCUCAGGGGUGCAUUCACUAGGAAGCAAACGGGGAGGGAUCUACCUUGCAUUUGUCCCAUAAGAAACACUUUUGUUGCAAAAUGUUUUGCUACAGUGUGCACUAAUGAGUACACCCCAGUUGUACCCCUCAAUAUGUACCAUUGAGUACAAAAGACAGAAUGAUGCCUAUUCUAUUUCUUUUAGACUUUUUAAAUACUAUCUUUAACUAAUGUAUUUUAUUGGGAAACUGUAGUGAUGAUGAUUGAAUCUGUAUCUUUUCACAGCAUCUUUCCUGUGGUCACUUGCAAUAUUUACUUAAAGGUCCAAUGCAGCAUUUUUUUUAAAUCUCAAUAUCAAAUCAUUUCUGGAUAACAAUUUAGUCCCUUUAUUGUAAUUUUCAAUUAAAAUUGCCCAAAUUAAACAGCUUCUUAGCAAAGAGCAAUUCCUCAAGCAAAAAUGUUGCUGUCUGGUAGUGGUCUGAGUGGGGAGGGGAAAACUAGCUGUUAUUGGCAGAGAGGUUUGUAACUUUUAUUUGUUUAUGGUGACGUUACCAGGCAGGCCAAAACUCCAUACCUCCAAAACAGGCUGACAUUUCAGGCAGUCUUUUCAAACAGCUCUUACACUAAAAAAAAGUGCAUUAUCACAAUUUUCACAAUUUCACCUCUGUGAAAUUCCAACCUCUGUGUCAAAAAAAAUAUAUAUAACGCACAGGGAACUCUAAUUCGUGACUACACUGGGCCUUUAAUAUUGAGCUUUUAUAUGCAAAAUAAACGUAACACUAUCGAGAUAAACAGCGGAGCAAAAUCAUCACAAUUAGGUAAUUUUAAUUGUUCUAAUCAAUCAAAGUGUAUUGGUCACGUACAGAUGGUUAGAUGUUAAUGCGAGUGUAGCGAAAUGCUUGUAAACAAUGAACGAAAUAAUACAUAUAAAAACAAAUAACUGCCUAGUUUUCUAAGGACCUGAAGCGAGUCGAACAUCUCUGUCGGCGCCAACAAGGAGUUUCAUUUGUUUUUAUUCAACAGAUCCAUUUGGGUUCAAUACAGCCUUUGUGGGAAGGACACAACCUGAUUUAUGGUUGCAUUAAAUGAAGUGCUUCAUACUGAACUCAUACAAAACAUUACAAAUGAUUUGUAGAAAAAACAUCACCUGUUUCAGUGAUACAUUGUUUGUUUUUCUUCAAAUGUUACUCUCACGCACUCCCCAUGAGACACAUGCAUUUGAUCCUCUUAUCUCACACAUUGAAUAGUACUGCUUUCAUAAUUCGAAUUAGUCCAUUGUUUUAGGCAGUGCGUUUUCUCGAAUGUACUCCAAAUUGUAUUGAGAUCGGAGCAUCUGAACCUGCAAUUUAACAUCACGAGCCAACCUGGUCUCAGAGCAUUUCAUAUUAUUUUGUAGAAAGAAGAUGAGUAGGCAGCCGUAAACUAUUAACAUAAUAUAUUUACAAAAUAAUAAAUAUGGGAACAGUCAGCCGAGUGCAUCAGCACGCACAACUGCAACGCGUUUUGAGUAUCUAGAAUCUUCGUCAGGCAGCGUUGUGGACGGAAGCUGACGUGUCUCUAGAAAUAGAGGUGGGGACGGGUAAAUGUCACAUGACAAGUAAACUAUAUGAAAAACACCUGCAACAGUAUCACAUCGGCGUAUAAAUGCAACAUGGAAAAUUGUGCACAGGAAUAAUCAGGGUUGCCCUUUGUAAAAGGCAGAUGAUGCACUUGUGCGUAAAAUUCAUGGCAUAAAAACACAGGAAGCAUGCCAUGGCGGAAAUCAGAAACUCAUCAGAGCAAGGAAUUACACAAAAGGCUACACAGUGCAUUCAGAAAGUUUUCAGACCCCUUGACUUUUUCCACAUUUUUGUCCCUCAUCUACACACAAUACCCCAUAAUGACAAAACGAAAACAGGUUUU